AUGCGCUGGGCCUAGGUGAACGCAUACAAAUCUGAACAUCUAUCCUUUAAAACGAAGCAACAACCAAAAACCCUACUUCUCACAGCACUCGUCUCCUUACCGCCGCGCCGUUUACCUGUCCUCCCGAUUUUCUCUGCAACUACACCACUCUGCAGCCAUGGGAAAGGUCCACGGUUCUUUGGCUCGUGCCGGUAAGGUGAGAGGGCAAACUCCCAAAGUGGCCAAGCAGGACAAGAAGAAGAAGCCCCGCGGCCGCGCCCACAAGCGCCUGCAAUACAACCGCCGAUUCGUCACCGCUGUGGUUGGCUUCGGAAAGAAGAGGGGACCCAACUCGUCUGAGAAGUAGGGCAAAGAUUCAAGCUUUGAAAAGAUGACAAUGUCUUCGUAGAUUAAGAAACAAAAGGCUUUAUUUUUGUUUAGUUGUAUUUGGAAGUGUUGGAUUAUGUUGGAGGUUAUAUUUGAAUCAGCAGUGAUGUGAUGUUGCUUCUGGGUUGUUCUCAAAUUAUUGUUCGUUUUGUUGUUGA